CUCUUCGCGCCAAAAGAGGUCGGGAUGGCGCUUGCGUUGGCCAGCGCGCUGCGCUCGUGGAUGCCCAGCCGUGCCAAGGGACUCGCGAUGGACAUAUUGGCCCACGCGCUGACAGAGCUCAACAGCGGCCGGCUGCCGGCGUUCUGCUCAAAAUUCAAGGUGUCCUUCAGCGCGGGCUCGGCCGACGACGCCGGCGACGCCUCCAGGCCUCAGCUGGACGACUCGCGCCGGGACCCCUGCGUCGUCAUCGAGAACGUCAUGGAGGACCCUGCUGCGCCCCAGCGGCGCGCCUCGGACCCGCUGUCGGCGGUGGGCGACUGCCUGCUGCGUUCCUCGGUGCGCAAGAAGAGCGAGGCACGCGCGAUCGUGCUGAGCACGGCGCGCAGGCUCUGCCGCAGGCGUUCCGGAGGCAGCCCGCACGCACACCUUGACGCCAACGCCUCGCCGCUGAAAGAGUCCCGGGACAAGGCCCAUUUCGACAAAGGGGCGGGCGCCCAGCAUGGCGAGCCGCUCCAGCUGGACCCGGCAGGCACCUCGGGCUCGCUCGAGUCGGUUGGUGACCACGAGCCUCUCUGCUCGCACCGCGAUUACGUGCUCCACGCACAGGCCGUGUUCGAGACCUACUGGAAAGGAAACCUGCACAACAUACUCGACGUGCUCAAGGAACUCACCGACAGAGGCUCCACGGAACUCGGUUGGAAGCGGCAGGGGAAGCUUCACGAGUUCACUAAGGCGGUGACUCGGGUCUGGCAGCGCGUGGGGGAGCAGGUGUCGACUAACGCGAGCGAAGUCCUCUCCCACCUCGAGAACCACCAAAGCAGUGCACCGUCACGACCGGACUUCCUAGCGCACGAGCUGCUGCCGCUGCUGCUGCGCAUGCGCGAGGUCUGGUGGAUCACGCAACGCCACGUGGCGGGGAACUUCCUCGCCCUGUACCAGAAGUACGACGGAGCUUCGGACCAGUGGCUGAUGUCGCUGAGAGAGGUGGACGUACACCUUCUGCGCACGGCCAUCGUGCACCGCGAGAUCAUGGAGUGCGAGCUCCAGAAGGUAUUGCGCGCCGCAGACCGGGAGCUGGCAUCCGGAUGCUGCUGUCUGCACGAGAUCUUCGUCAAGGAAGGCAUCGGUUACUGGCUCGCCGAGCACCUGGACCUCAUCUGGAGCGAGUUCGGCAACCAGGUCCAGAAGGGCGUUGUCAACCUGCACAAGGCGUUGAUACAGUGGGGGCGGACGUGUCCGGCUCCAUCGCUGUGGCCGCAGGGGUGGCGUUCUGCGCGGGCGUCAAUCAAAAGCAACAGUUCACGUGUGGUCGACUGUUCCACUAGUUGGCAGCUCGAAGGGUGCGGUGGAAACACCGUGCAAACAAAGAGCGCGGACGCGACGGGCGUCGCGAAGGGGGACGUGAAACAGCAGAGCGCGUUCCGGCGUGACCUCUUCCAACAGGACUCCUCCGGCACUGACGCGCACACACACAGACACCGCCAGCGUCUUCCCAAGUUCGACUCGUCGUACCUGCGCGCCUGGGCGUCGUCGCUGGACGCGAACGCCGACGAGGUGGCGCAGCACAUCCACUCGUCGUGGACGGCGUUCAUCGGACGCGUCCAGGAGAGCCGGCGCUAUGUCGUCGAGGAGGAGACGACGCGCAACGCGCGUCAGGACGACGUGGACGUGGACAGCAGUUCCAUACCGCAACGCAUCUACGUCUACACGAGCAUCCUGCGCCGUUAUGAGGAGCUGGCGAACCACGACUGGCAGGUGACGUACCGCUCGACGAUCGCCGUCCUGGACCAGGCGCUGAGCGGGGCCGCCGUCGGGGGCGCUGGCCCGUCGGCAGUGCCCGUGGCGCACACCAAGGUCAUGGUGAUCGUCACCAAGAUCUGGGAGGAGGUCAUGGUCGAGAUUCGCCAGGCCUUCAAGGAGUGUCGCGAGAAGUUCGAGGAGGCCAUCCUCGUCGACCACGGGCUCUGAAUCACUCGCGGCUAGUUCCUCACCUCACAUUGGCGUCACCCCAUUAACCACCGAGUAAUAAAACAGAGCGUAUACCGUA